CAUGUCUCUCUCUCUCUCUCUCUCUCUUUAUCAGCAAGUCUGUAUGUGCAGUUCCUCUAUCAGUCUUGCAGUGUGUGUGUCUGCGUGUGUGUGAGUUCCUCUAUUUCUCUGCAGCUGUCUGGUAGCAGAGAGUUGCAGCUCUUGCAGUGAAGUAACUGAAAGAGACAGCUCACACAAGAGAAAGGGGUGGGGUACUCUGGACUGACUGUAUACCUGGCAUCCCUUUUUUUUUAUAUACUAACCUGGACAGAUUUUAUAAAAAGAAAAUUGAGAUUAUCUUUCUGAAUGAGGAAAUAAGAACUGCUGGAGAGAGAGAGAGAGAGAACCAGGAGCUAGACGCAAGAAUAAGAAAGUCAUGGAAGCUGGGAUUGUUAAAGUCUACAACUUGAGAGAAGCGUUGUAGCUUGCACAGGAGUCCCAAGCUUCAAUCAUGAACCGAAGAGACAGUAAGAGGAAGUCCCACCAGGAAUGCUCGAGCCCUGUGGUGGGGGGCAGCGGGAGAGGGAAGGGGGUCCCCCGGAAUAUCAGGCGCAGGAUGACGUGCCCGAGCCCCCAGGAGAUCAACCGCGCCAAGGCGAUGAUGUCAUCGAUGGGCACACUGACCAAGGGGGCGAGCUUGGAGGAGCUGAUCGAGAGAUGCGUGCAGUCAUUCGACUUGGAGGGGAAGCUGUGCCGGGUAGGGCAGGUCGUCCACAUGACCCUGAUGAUGCACUGCUGGGUUGUGCCGUCCUCUGUCCUGGCAAAGAAACUUCUGAGCUUGUAUCGAGAUUGCCCCAUGGAUCGGAGGGACCAGGUGCGACCCAGAAUAUGCUUCUUUGUCCGCUACUGGAUCACUCAGUUCCCCGUUGCGUUCAAAGGUGAUGCGAAGCUGGAGGAGGUGAUGGCAGACUUCUGGGAAAUGGUGAAGAACGAGGGAGAGGAGACCCACUGCCAGCUCAUCGACACAGCCAACAUACUCCCUCACGACUGGUCCCGGAAGUUCACUCUGCAGGGCACUCCGACCUGUGUGAAGAAGCGCAAGGUGUCUCUACUUUUCGACCACCUGGAGCCUGACGAACUGGCAGAGCAUCUGAGCUACCUGGAGUUCAAGAACUUCUGCAGAGUCUCGUACCUGGAUUACCGCAGUUACGUGGUGCACGGUUCAGUUCGUGAUAACCCAGCCCUGGAGCGCUCGGUCUCCCUCUGCAAUGGGAUCUCUCAGUGGGUCCAGCUGAUGAUCCUGAGCCGACCCAAACCCCAGCAAAGAGCCGAGGUCUUCAUAAAGUUCAUUCGUGUGGCGCAGAAGCUGCGUCAGUUGCAGAACUUCAACACACUAAUGGCUGUGAUUGGGGGUCUGAGUCACAGCUCCAUCUCGCGCCUCAAAGAGACCAGCAGCAUCCUGCCUCAGGACGUCAACAAGGCGCUAAGCGAGAUGACGGACCUGCUCUCUUCCUCCAGUAACUAUGGCUGGUACAGACGGGUGUACGCUGAUUGCUCCGGGUUCAAGAUCCCCAUCCUGGGGGUUCACCUCAAGGACCUGGUCUCUCUGAACGAAGCCCUGCCGGACUAUCUGGAGGACAACAAGAUCAACCUGAGCAAGCUGCAGCAUGUGUACAGUAACGUGAACGAGCUGCUGCAGGUCCAGAGCGCCACCCCGCCCUUCCAGGCAAACAAGGACCUGCUGCACCUGCUCACCCUGUCUCUGGAUCUCUACUACACGGAGGAUGAGAUUUACGAGCUGUCGUACGCCAAGGAGCCCAGGAACCCCAAAAUACAGCCUGCUACCCCUGCUAAACCCCCCGUGAUCGCUGACUGGGCAUCGGGGGUGGCGCCAAGGCACAACCCCGCAACCAUCUCGAAACACGUGAAACAGAUGGUGGAUUCCGUGAUACAGAACUACGACCACAAUCAGGACGGCUACAUCGCCCAGGAGGAUUUUGAGAAGAUCGCAGCCAGCUUCCCCUUCUCAUACUGCCCACAGGAUCGAGAGCGCGAGGGUUUGAUCAGCCGCGACGAGAUCACAAGCUACUUAAUGCGCGGGAUUAACAUCUGUGCGAAGUUGGGCCUGAACUUCGUGCACAAUUUCCAAGAGACGACUUACAAGAAACCCACCUUCUGCGACACCUGCAAUGGCUUUCUCUGGGGUGUGAUCAAGCAAGGAUAUCGCUGCAGAGACUGUGGGGUGAAUUGUCACCGGCACUGCAAGGACGUGGUACCCCAAGAGUGCAAGACGUUCAAGAUGUCAACCAGCGACAGUUCCUUCCCAUCAUGCCCUUCAACCCCCGCUGGGUCUGACACCAACAACAAGAGCCACUCCUGGAGCUCCGAAGAAGAGACCUUUGUGUUUCCUCACGGAGACGGGGUAGAGCCUGGCGAGGACCCCCGGGAUCAUACCACUCUGCCCGGUGGGGGAGGCCCAGCUCUCAGGACCCCAGUGCGGUCGGACCGAUCUACUCAGACAAAGCCAGGGGUGUGGAGGGAGGCAGGAGGAAGUGAGGACACACAGCUAGACUCAGCAGCCCUGCUGGACAGACUACAAGCAGCAGAGAAGGUGAUGGAGCGCCUCACGCUGGAGAAUGCUGCUCACUGCACCACCCACUCCUGUGUGCAGGGGGAGCUGAGGGCCAGGGAGUCCUCGUUAAUCACAGAGCCGUCCGUCUCACUCCUGCUGGGAAAGAUGGAGACCUUGCACCUGCGCAGGGACUCCAAGACUUGAGAGAGGGGGGAGAGGGGAAAGGGGGAGAGAGAGA